AAUCACAUUCGCUCCCUAAGAGUUCAAUCAUCCUUUGCUGGAUGCAGAGAGAAGGCAUCAUGCCACUGGACCGGAGGCGGAGAGCCAUACACUAUGUGGAGGAACUUGCAGAUGAAUUGUUCAAAGGAAAACAUGGAGUGGUGGUUUCUGCAAAGGAUCUAAAAUGUCAUUUCAAGAGGUCCAUAUAUUCGAUGACUCAAGGAAAAUUAAGGAGAGAGUUGUGUAAAUACAGUCCUUUGUACUGUAAGAGAUUCAAACGAUGCAUUAAUCUGAAGCAAAGGUUGGCUGCUUCUCAAGAAACGAGCAUCGGUCAUGAUGGACGAGCUUUUCGGAACUCUGAAGAUGCUCCUACUGUACCAGCUGACCAACGAUCCUCUGGGAUGGAAGAUGGAAAACAAGGACAAGGUAAAGCUAGAGGGAUGAUUCCUUUGCUGCCAGUACAACCCAAGGAGAGGCCAUGCUAUUCCAAGGAAAUAAAAGAAGUGAUACAACCCAAAGAUGAUCAGUUUAACAGAGCUUGUUCUCGCAAGGAGCUGUCUGUAUCUAGUCAUUCAUCAGAAUCGUUUCAUUCUCGGAAGAAACCUGAUUCGACAAAGUUGAAGGAUACCUGUGUUAGAAAUUCAAAGAAUGUGAAUGAGCUGAGUAGAGAGUUAACCGUCUUGUAUCAUCAAUGUGACAAUGCCUCCCUAACCAAGAGGAUGAACCAUGCUGUAAGGCUUUUCUCUCUAGAAGUGGCUGAUACUGUCAAGUCAAAGAACGCUACAAGAGCUUCUGAUGUUCAAAGCCGCUUGCAUAGUGUGAUGUUGUAUUUCCACUUCAAGUGUGACAUUUUACAUACUGAUAAAAAGAAGGUACCCUUAUGUAAGGAAUCUGCCUACAAACGGCUUAUGACUUCUAUGUUAUCUCUUUACUCCAGUCUUGAUAUGCUCAUUACAAGGUCUGAUUCGGGAAGAAGUCCUCGCUUGGCUCAGCAUACCCUGUUCAAGGCUUGUCUUUUGCUGAACAAUAAGGAGCUCCUGAUGGAUGUUAUACUUCAGCUUUCAGUGAAACCAGAACCUAUCGAUGCUCCCUAUCUCUAUCCUACACUCAUGCAUGUGUUGAAACAUCCUCCAUACCCAUUCACCCCUCCUUCGUACAUCAAACAUAUCCUUGUAUGUCGGUUGGCCAGAUACAUCUUACCGCAGUACCUGUAUCCAGAAAUAACAGAACAACUUAAGUCCAGCCUGAGUCUCAUGCCUCCUCAUGGCCUAACUACCUGGUUAGCUGACCACUGCCCUCAUCUGACCUCUGAACUAUCGACAUAUGCUAACGAUCAUAAGAUGACCAGUUAUUUCCUCCAGAUAGCCUCCUUUGACCUCUGCAAUGAACUUCAACAGACUUUGUAUGGCCGACCAGGAUCAGUUAGUCUGGAAAGAGGAGUGGAUGAUGUAGCAGGGAGUGCUGACUUCAGUGGUGUAAUCGAUACAGCUGGGGAUUCCGCAGCCAUUCUAGAGCCUCAUGAGGUCGAUGUGGAAGAAGUGUCGGGAAAUCACUCCAAAAAGAGCAGCUUCUGUAGCGUUCAUCAAGAUGAUAGCACAGACUCGAGCAAGCCAACUGAACGGUCUGUGUAUGAAAUCUGCGAAGAUGUAACUGAUCACGCCCAGUCAGAGAAUGCAAUGUCAUUGAAUGAACCAUGUCAAAUGGAUACGAUUUCAGAUAUAUCAGAUGUUAGGAAGAAAGCAAGGAAGAACUCUAAAACAAAAGCCAAGACAGUAAAGGCACUACCUCAGGCAGGUGAUGAAGGAGAACGUGUGGAAGAAGUCUUGGUACUUUCUCAAGAAAACGAGUUGAGUGAUAAAGGAUUCAAUGGUACCACUUCACAUGUGCCAGUUGUCAGCAAGAAAGCAAAGAAGUCUAAAAAGAAAGACAAAAAGAAAGAUUCCUCUCCAGACACUAAAAAGAAGGCCAAGGCAGUAAGCACUCUACCUCAGACAAGUAAUGAAAGAAAAGGAGGAGAAGAAGUUUUGGUCAUUGUUCAAGAAAAUGAGUCGGAUGAGAAACACUUUGAAAGUACCUCUUCGGAUGAACCAGUUGUGAGCAAGAAGGCAGAGAGGAAGUCUAAAAAGAAGUCCAAGACACCCAAGACACUUCCCAGGGCAGGAAAGCUAGAAGAAUUUGCAGAAGAAGUCUCUGUAACUGUGCAAGAGAACGGGUGUGAAGAGAAACAGUUGGAAUGUAGAGGAAUGGAUACUAGCACAGAUUCGAGUUUGAUCAAACGUUGUGAGCAGGAUUUACUGCGAGUCGAUGUCACUAUUAUCCCUCCAAGCUUAAACAAGAAUGAGAAGAAACAGAGAGCUGACUGCCAUACAUCUGUAAAUAAGAACAGUGAAUGUCCAACAAUCAACGAACCUGCAGAAGACUGUGUCGUUGUCUCUGACUCUUGCAGUGAGGAGACGGCCAGUGUUGAUAUCAUAUAUGAGACGGACACCGAACGUUCAGAUCAUCUCCAACAAAGGAUGGCUCUGAGAAAGGCCAGACAUUUUAAAAAUUUGCUUCCUUCUGCUGAUUCAUCUAAAUCAGUCACAGGAUCUAACAGUUCUUGUGUCAUGACAAGAAGCAGGUACAGGAAAUCUAUGUCUGAUGCUAGCACUGUGCAAUUAUCAAGGGAAAAACCACAAGGAAAGCAUGAGAGCACGGCAAAGAGAACUUGUGGUUUUCGAGCAGUAUCGCCAGUCUUUGAAGGGAUAAAAGUUAGGCUUGAUCACAUUGACCGAAACAGAGGUUCUAUUGGCGUAGCAGAGGAAGUAGAGACUGGAAAAGAAAAAUCUCCUGCCCUCACAGAAGCUACCCAAAUGAGAAGAUCACCAAAUAGGCUAGAUCCCUUAAAAAAGUGGGACAGCAAGAGAUAUCUAAUGAGAGAGGAAGUGAUAAAGGCUCCAAAGUCUACGGUUUCAAUAGAUUCUGCAAAAGAUGGUUUGGAUACAAGUAUUGAAGCACAUGUAGAUUUAAGCCCUAGAAGCCCACCAAGAGUGUUGAAUCACAGAAAGAAAUCUGAAAGUACAAGCUCACCAAAGAAAUUCAUGGGAGAACACAUAGUAGACUGUCAACCUUCUGUUAUGUCUGUGGAUUCUGCAGAAAACGGUUUGUAUGCAAGUGCUGGAGCAGUGUCAAGACCGAGAAGAUCACCUAGGAAACACAAUUACCAAGAUGAGUCAGAGGAUGUUGUCAAGGAAGAUCUGUCAGCUGAUAGACACAAAUCAGUAAUCUCUAGCCCUGCCAAAGGGGUUCAAAGGUCAGGUACUGAAGAUCUGACACGCCUCAGAAGGUCACCAAGAAAAGGCAAUUCGAAAGACAAUCUAGAAUCAAGGAUCAAAGAAUUCAUGACAGAUCAAUCAGUUGAUCCAUACGAGUUCAUUGAUUCUUCACAUUCUGCAGUAGAUUAUUCAAAGAAAAGCCCAACGUUUGCUUCAAGUCUUCAGAGAUCUAGGAGGGGAGAUCUUAAAGACAAAUUACAGUCUUCUGCAGAUCAAGCAUUUCCAGAGAGUAGAUCUUCCUGUAGAGAAAAAAUAAGACAGCCAGUGAGAAGUGUAGCACAAGGAUGUCAUUCUUUUAAAAGGGAUGUUGAUCAAGGAGUCACAACAAGACAGCAAGGACAAUUUGUGUCGACUAAAAAUGAUUCUUCCUUUGUUGGUCUUAAGGCACAGACAGCUUCUUCAGGGAAGUGUCCACCUUCAUCUGAGUCUUCCCUUUCUCAGUUCAGGUCACUCAGAAAAAGAUCCUUCUCUGAUAGCUUAGUUGACCAAUCUUCUUCCUCAUCCAAAGUCUUUGCUUCCAUGCCGGGUUUCUCUGCAGAGCAUGCAGUGUUACGGAGCAGAGUUUCCUUGAAGCAGAUUGGCGUUGUUCCUCCAUACACCCAGGAGUGUGACCCCAGACUGCCACAGGGCGGGCCAUCUGAUAGGUCGAUGACUUCAUUGGGUGUUAGAAGUUUAGGCAGCAGAACAGCAGAUGGCAAAGGCAGUCCUAGAAGAUUGAGAGUCAGGACAUCAAUGGAUGGUAGUAAUUCAGUUAGUAAAACAACAGAUGGCAAGGGUCAUCCUCAGAGGUCAGAAGUCAAGAUGUCUUUGGAUGGUAGCAGUUCUGGAAGCAGAACGACAGACAGUAAGGACAAUUCUCAAAGUUCUGGGGUCCCAACAUCAUCAACUGGUGAGAAUUCUAGCAGAAGAACAUCAGACACCAAGGAUAGUCCAAGAAGUUCCAAAGUCAACUUGAGACAAGGAUUUGGACUACGCUCCUCUCCAAGAGUACGCCUCAUAAGAAAAGCUUUGAAGUUUGAGUAAAGGAUCACAGAUUAGCAUGUCAAAUGUACAUGUAUAUGAUGUUAAGAGUAGAAAACGUUUGUUGUUAUGCACUCAUGCAGUCUCAUAUCAUUAACACAUUUUCUCCUUGUCUAAUAAGAUAGGAUUUUUGCAACAGGACUGUUUGGAUUUUUUGUUUGACAAAACCCAUAUGUAGUUUCUUGUAUAGAAACUCAGCAAGAAGAUACUUAUUCUUGCAUAUACCAUACAGAUUUUCACAUGCAUGUCGUUGAAAUACAGCAGUUUUCCCUUUCAUUUCCUCCCACAAUACAAAAGAAAUCAGAGGAACAUUCUCAAUUGUAAAGAAAAAAAAUUGUUUAGUACCUUAUCAGAUUUAUUCAGUUCUGCCUACAAAUAGCUUCAAAAUAUUAGGACGUUGAAAUUUGCAUAACACAAUUUCGUUUUGUAUCUGUGUUUGUUGUGUUUUUGUUAUUCUGUGCAUGUAGGCCAAGUGUGUUUGUUCUUUAUUGGAGGCUCUAUACUACAGUACAAAGUUUCUUUAUGCACAGCAAUUUGUGACAGAUUUUUGUGUCUAGAACUCUAGAUAUUGCUGUUAACUUGCCAGUCAUUCUUUUGAUUAAGUGACUUCAGUUUUUGUAAGGAAAACAAUAUGUUGAUUAUGAAAACCAAAGAAAAAGCUCCUUUAUACAAAUAUAAUAAAGGCAAAAAAUAUUUUGAUUUUUAAAACCAAAGAAAAAAGCUCCUUAAAUACAUGUAUAAUAAAGGAAAAAAACAUUUUGAAUUUGAAAACCAAAGAAAAUGUUCCUAUUGAAAAUACAUGUGUUAUAAGCCCUGAAUAAUGAAUCCACCCACUCACUAACCAAAAAUGCACUGUGGGUACAGUUUUCAUCCAAAACUUUUGCAGAAACCUCGCAGUACUUUGGAAACUCAGUUCUAGAUUUUUUUUUAAGUAACCAUAGUAUGCCUUCCUUGGACAUUUCAAAGGGUGAUCAUGAAAAAGAAAGUUUCGAUGUAAGGAAAUAAAAAAAAUUUCCACUGUUUAGUUUAGUUGAUGUAACUGUUGCAUUUUUAAUUAUAUAUUUUGAUGUGCAAUUGGUGAACAGUUUGGAGAACAAAAAUUCUUAAUCAAAACAAACAAAAAUGAUUAAACUGUGCUGUACCGGUAAUUGGUUGUGUGCUUCAUUCAGUAUUUUUCAAAUUUACAUAUACAUGUAAAUUGCAGAUUGUUAUUUAAAGUUUUUAUUGAAGGUAUUUUAGUACAUCUACUUUUUUGGUUGGUUAUAUUUGUAUAUAUACCUUUCUUUAAGUACUUGGAUUUUUGUACAUUUAGUUUGUUUCAAAAAGUUGACGAUGUGUCUGAAAUUGAGGGGUCAGUGACACAUAGACGUAACUCCAUUGGCCAUUUUGAGAAACAGUGGUUUAUGUGUCACUGAGCACUUGGUUCUUAAGGAGUUACGUCUAUGUUUCACGAGCCAUGACUUCAAAGGGGUGUUGGGUGGAAUUCAGUCUUUGUGUUUCCUGGAAAGCCCACAUUUUUCUGAACAUUUUGAUAUCAAA